AUGUCUUUCAAAGUGCCCGAUGACGACGAUGAGAGCAGUCUGCUCUCCACCCCGGACCACAGCCGGUAUGCUAAGGGAAAGGGCCUCUUCGACUUUGGCAAUAUGCCUUCCACAACACCGGCCGUCCCUCCCCCAGCGUCCCAUGCGAGCAGCACCCCCGCCGGCACGCCUUCUGCCUCCUUCAUGGGCAGCUCUUUGAUGAAGGCUGUUGGUGCUAGUAACUCCAAGAACCCUUUCGCUCUGAGCGGCAUGGAUGACAAGACUCCUCCCGUCAAGAACCCAUUCGCUGCUGCAGGCUCCGCUCCCAAGGCCAACCCCUUCGCACCUGCGCCUCCAAAGAAUCUGUUCGCCGCAAAACAGAAAUCGAAAUCGAACGCUCCACUCGGCCGAUCUGUCCGCUCCAGUACGACGCGCAAGCCUUCGCGGCUUAGGGAAGAAGUCCUGGACGACGACGAAGACGAAGAGGAGGAUGUUGCGACAACCCGGAAAGGCGCAGGCUCGUUCCAGGUGGACUAUGGAAACGACUCGGACGACGACUAUGACGAGUCCGAGGAAGAUGAGGACGAGGAGCUAGAUGACGCGCCAGCCAGACCAACUCAAAACCGCUCAGCAAAGGCUUUCAUGGAGGAUUUCGACGGAUACUCUGAUGCCGAAGGAGAAGAAGAAGACGCAGGCGAGGGAGAUAUGUGGCUCGACAUGGAGCACGACGAGAAUGGCGAGGCAAUGGAUGUAUCCGAUCUGAUGAUGCUACAGACGCCAGCGGCGGACGAGAAAGUCUUCAGGGAGGCAGAAGGCAUCUUCCGGGCCACUGCACAGCGAUCAGGCGGACGGAGACAUUCCUUCACGAUCGCUUCAAUCGCGAAGGACCUCUAUAGCCAAUCCAACUACGCGACAAUAACCGAGCCGCCCGAGGUAAUACUUGACACCGAGCGCUUGAUCACCCGACUCUACAAGGAUGGCGUGGGAGCGGAAGAAGAUGACGAGAGGCUGGAUGAGACCUUGGCCACCGUCUCGGGGAAGCUCAUCGGCCUGUGGAAAUCAUAUGUCGACACUCUUCCUCUGCAGUCUGAGGAGCACGCUGCUGAGAUCGGCCCGGCACCUCAGUCCCUGCCAUUCGAGAAGGCCACCUACGUUGCGACUCUUGCCCUGCAAAUACAUCACACCAGGACAGGCGAAGAUGGCAGGGCGACGGAACCCCUCCCAGAGUCCCUGUUCCGCUGGCUUGCCGAGCACCACAAUCCCUACCCGGCCCAGGUCCAAGAAGUUCUGCAAUGCAGACCGUGUCCGGCCAGUCAUAGUAUGUUCUGGCCGACUGUGUGCAUGGCCCUGCUCCGAGGCCAGGUCGCCGAGGCGCAGACGCUGUUGGAAAAUGCAGGCUGGGGAUCCGUCAAGGCUAACCGCCGGGGCGAAUUGGAGUACUCUGGCCGCGCGCUUGACAACGUACGGUUUGCGGCUGAGGACACAAUCAACAUGCUGGAGCUCUGUCCUGGGAAGAAGGGGAACUGGGACAUCUCGCAUGACGACUGGAAGAUCUUCCGUGUCAAGGCGCGGGGCGCAUUGGAUCAACUGCGGCGUUUCGCAGAAGGCAAGAACAGAAUGGUUAUUGACGACGAGAUGUCGGAUGGCUAUCAGUCUCUGACCGCGGCAGCCAGGAAAGCAGAAAGCCAGGUUCCUUGGGAGAUCUAUGAAAAUCUGAACGUCAUCUUUGAGAUUGCCCUUGGCGCUCAAGAUGUGAUCCUCGACACUGCGCAAGACUGGUGUGAGGCUACUAUCGGCCUGUUCGGCUGGUGGGACGAAAAGCGAAACAAUAAGAGUAACCGCCUGUCCAGGUCGCAGGCCCUCAGGAUGGGGCCGCAAGCCUUGGGCUAUGAAGGUUACAUGGAACGGCUCGCUCACUCGUUCCAGACAGCUGUGGCGUCCGAUUUCUCCUUCAACUCUCUGAACCCCGUUGAAGUUGGCAUGGCCUGUGUCUUCGAGGACAACGCCAAGGCAGUCGUGGCUCUGCUGAGAACGUGGUCACUUCCUGUGGCUGCAGCGGUCGCAGAGAUAGCUUCCCUCGGCCGCUGGCUGCCGCAGCACCAGCCAUCGGCCCUUUACGCAUUCGAUGACCUGGAUUUGGAGGACAUGGAAGUCCUCGGAAUCAACCCCACUGACCCGGACGAGACAGAUGGGGUCAAGGACAACACACUGAUCCAGUACGCGCAAGAGCUGUCAAACUACAAGGAGUUGACCUCGGUCAGGGACAACUCUGGUGUGUCACGAGACGGCUGGGAGGUCGCGAUCCAUGUGCUCGGUAGGAUGGACUCGCCACAAAGGUCGGAGGAAACAGUUGGCGAGCUAGUUGAGAACAUACUGGAGGAGAUGGACGUCGAGUCCACCGAGAUGGUGGACAAGGUGUGGAGGCUUCUCAACGAACUUGGCAUGAUCCAAUUUGCCGAGCAGGUUGCAGAGCACUUUGGUGACCUUUUGAAGGAGACAUGCUUUCGCUACGGCGAGGCAAUGUGGUACUACGCCCUGUCCCAUCGACCAGCCAAAGUGCGAGAUGUCAUGCACUUCCUCAUCGCCUACUCCCUCAUCCAAUCUGCCGCGUAUCCGCCUGCCGCAGAGCUGGACGACCACCUGCGGCAGCUCCUCAAGCAGCGCAACACCACACUCGAACAAUUGGCCAAGCAGGAUCUUGAAGCAGCUGAGCUUCUCGGCAAGAUGCUUGCCGGUUAUGCCACGCUUCGCAAAUUCUAUGAGAUCCGCGACGACGAGUCACUGCCCCUGGCAAGGCGGCAGAAGUCCGCCGCGGUAGCACUGACAAUUGUGAUUGCCUCUGCCGACGACAACAUUCGUGGCGGUCUGUACGACGCAUCGCGCGAUGCAAUCGUCGGCGAGGACUUUUUGCUGGCUCUGCUGGGCGAGGCGCUCAUAUUUGUCGACCACAGCCAGCGGGGCCCGGGCUCUCCACCGCUCAUCACACUUGAGCAGCUCGAUGUCCUGCUCAAGGCAGUCGAGGACCUCCAGACCGUGGGCAGCAGAGUUUAUGAGACGUGCAAGGAUUUUUUCCAGUUGGUGCUUGCAUCUGCUCCCAAGCUUCUGAAGGGCUCCACGCCGGCGGAUCUGAUGAAGAAGUCAACGGAGAAGGGCAGCAUGGUGCUGACGGGGAGCUCAAUGCUGGCCUCGCAGCUGCACCGGUCUGUGGCUGGUGGAUCACCGGGGAAGAACAGCGCAGUAGCACCGAAAGCAAAUGCAAGGAGGGGCUGGGAUUGGAGGUCUGGGCUGGACUACUCGACAUCGGCGGAGCAGGUGUUGCGGAUCCUGAGGCUAGGUCUGACAAAAGACCUGGCCAAACUGUGGCUCGUGGAGGCAGACGGCGGGAUGCCGUGA